UGAGAGUGCGAGCUCAGCAGCUGUAAAGAAAAAGACAUAAAAAAAAGGAAAGAACGACGAAAACCAACCAUCCUCCCAACAUCGAAUUGGUACCCGAUUCCUCCUUUGACCGCCGCCGGCGAUACCUAGGUUUCCGGCGAUGGGCUCGUCGGAGAACCCGAAUUGGUUACUGGAGUCCCUGAUCGACGAAAUCCCCGUUCCAGAGGGGGGUUUUGCAGGGAACAACGAUGGCUUUUAUUGGACUGCUCAGGGAUUCAAUCCUUCCUCUGGCGUCAGCUCACUUGCAAAUUCUGAUAGCAUCAAAGAACCAGUUAAUGGAAAGCGUUCUAGGUCAGAAACCUGUGCUAAACCUGCUACCAAAGCUUGUAGAGAAAAAAUGAGGAGGGACAAGUUGAAUGACCGAUUCCUGGAAUUGGCCUCUCUUCUUGAACCUGGAAAGCAGCCAAAAACUGAUAAAGCAGCAAUUCUAAAUGACGCUACUCGCUUGCUGACUCAGCUCCGCAGUGAGGCACAAAAGCUUAAGGAAUCAAAUGGAACUCUUGAAGAGAAGAUAAAAGAACUGAAGGAUGAGAAGAAUGAACUCCGUGAAGAGAAGCAGAGGCUGAAGGCAGAAAAGGAAAGCCUUGAGAACCAAAUAAAGCUUCUGAACGCAAGAUCAAGUUAUGUUGCUCACCCGCCUGUUAUACCAACUCCCUUCCCAGUCCCUGGUCAACAAACCGGACACAAGCUAAUGAUGCCAAUCAUGGGUUAUCCUGGCUACCCGAUGUGGCAAUUCAUGCCCCCUGCCGAUGUUGAUACCUCGCAGGAUGCUGAUAAAUGCUCACCUGUUGCCUGAGCGAUUGACUGAUCAAACAUUCAAUUCUACGUAUGUGAAGGAUUGUAGAUGGUUUCAUCAUCAGUUUAAGUUACUGAACGUACUUCUGUAGGAUGCUGAUAAAUGCCCACCUGUUGCCUUAGCAAAUGACUGAUCAAAAAUUCAAUUCUACCUAUGCCACAUAAUGUAGAUGAUUUCACCAUCAGUUUAAGUUUCUGGACACUUUAUGGGUAUGCAGGUUUAUGGUGAAUGCCUUAUCUAUUUGUACUAUAUAUGAAUCGGCGAAGAAUAAAGUUUCUGAUUUCUGUCUGUA